AUGAAGUACGCCGGCGCUUCUGCCCUCCGGCUGGCCUACCCCGACGGGCCCUCUGCCUACGGGCCCGCCCCCGACCGGCUUCCCCCGGUGCCGUCGUCCGGCAACCUCGGCAAGCGCGAUGGCCCUCCGAUCCCAUCGGACCUGCCCUUCUCGCUGCCCUUUGGCGACUUCCCUCCCCUUCCUAGCGACACCCCCACCGGUGUCCCUACUCCCUUGCCCCAGUCCAGCGGCAGCUUCGAGAAGCGCCAGGCUCUUCCCGCCCCGACGGGCCUGCCCUUCUCGCUGCCCUUUGGCGACUUCCUCCCCUUCCCAGCGGCACCCCCACCGGUGUCCCUACCGGCGUCCCUUCUGCUUAAAUGA